GGGCGUGCCGUUAAAUAUACCGGUUUCGGUAACUUCGCUGGAUUCUUGGCCAGUCACGCUUUACUUGGUCGAUCUAGCAAAAAGCGUUCACGUGAAGCGGACGGUGGACAAACAGAAGACAGUUCACAGGUUAGUGCGGAUGCCUCCUCCUCCAUCACUUCCGCGUCGGUUGAUCGUUCUGGUUUGUUCGGACCAGACGACUCGGCUGAUGAGUACUCUACCGCUUCCAGUGAAUCCGAUACGGAAGAAUAUGCUAAACUAAGGGAAAACAUUAACCCGGUCACUGGACGAUGGGAACUACCACGUCCGAAUCCGAUGGAAGGCAUGUCGGAAGAACAAAAGGAAUACACCGCGAUAGAAUUAGUCAAUCAAAUUGAUCGUUUACAACGGUGA